AAAACCCCCCAGAGCGUAUAAAUAUAAAAACACGCGAGCGCUAGACCCAAACACAGUUUCAGAUCGAUACGGAGACCAGCUUGUUUCAAACGAAGUGGAAUAAUAUUUUAUCACCUAUCGCCUUUUCUUAUUUCCUUAAUCAUUUCGGAUAACCAAAACAAUGCCUGUGUCCAGAAUGCGCAUGCGGCCCUGGUUAGAGGAUAUGAUUGACUCGAACUCUGUGGCUGGACUUGUCUGGGUAGAUAAGGAGAAAAAGAUGUUUUCCAUUCCAUGGAAACACGCUGCACGCCAUGGAUGGGAGAUGGACAAAGAUGCCUGUCUAUUUAAACAGUGGGCAAUACACACAGGCAAAUUCAAGCCAGGAAUCACUGAACCUGACCCCAAAACAUGGAAAGCCAACUUCCGUUGUGCAAUGAACUCACUGCCAGAUAUUGAAGAAGUAAAGGACAAAAGCAUAAACAAAGGCUGUGAAGCUGUUCGCGUCUACCGCAUGCUUCAGGUUGUCAAGAACAAGAGCAAAAGGUCAUCUAAAAGUCUGGAAAGCAGGAGGAGGAAAAGGGGGAGGAAGAUGGAGGCAGACAUGACACCAACUCACAAGCAAGAAGAAAUGAGUACUCAGGAAAGCACCAUAGACAGCACUGAAAGCAUGAACACAGCAAGCCCCCCCUAUGAUGUGCCUGACUGCUCAGGAUACGAAGUGGAAAUUGGCCCUGACAGCACAAACGAUAUCUACAAUGGCAGAUUCCAGGUUUCACCAGAUCACGUGUCAGACUACGAAGAAAAUGCUAUUGUUGAGAUCACACGACAAUUGGAGCUUGAUAGUUCACAGUGGCUACAAAGCAAUAGCAGCGGAAAGGGGUUCCUGGGCAAUGAAGUAGCCAUGACAGAAUCUUACCACUGUCCAGAGAGCCAAUGGAGUGAUACAUCAGGAGAAGAGCUUGAGCUGCGUUUUUACACAGAACUGAUACCAGGAAUUCCCAGUGAAGAUCUCUUGAACUACACAGAAAUGUGGAACAGCACCCCUCACACAACCAGUCUCCCAAGAAUCAGCUGUCUACUAUGAGACCUACUUUUCUGUUCAGCCAUACAUUAUUACAUUACCUCACAUUCUAGGUCUUCUUUCUCUGACCAAUAUAUCAGAUGACCAAAAGCCAGUCUUGUGAGAGCCACUUCAGCCUGGUUUGUCAUAAGUGUAAGGUUUUAUGCGCGGGGAUUAUGCUGAUAUUUGUGGCCAUCAACAAGGAACGCUGUAGGCAGAUAUGGUUUUUGCAGUUUUCUGAUGUGUUCCUAAAUGUAAAGGAUAAUGGUUUGUAAAUAAUCAUGUUGAUGUAAUUUACUGUGACAUUUGGCAGGUUCCGUUAUCCACACAUCAGGGUUUUAGUGCAUUAUCCUCUUAAAACUUUAUAGGAUAUUUGGAAUAUAUUUUUAAGCUCUUAUGUGCUUCGGGUGAAAACUCUUCACAUGUGUAUAUAUUGUACAAAUGAAUUUAUAAUAAAAAAGUAAACAAGU